AUGACUAAUAAUGGAAAGGGAAAAGUACCAGAUACCCCUCAACCACAACCAAAAAAGAUUUUGCCACGUCCUUCUAUCAAUAAUAGUAAACCAAAUAGGGAAAAUUCUCUCAACGCAAGCAUUCAUGCACCGAACGAUUGGGCAGAUGAAUCAGAAUACCUCCACCCAAAUCCUAAAGGUUACGCCAAACCCAUUAACGAUAUCAAUAACCACGAACAACCUAAUAGAAUGGACCUUCUAAUGACUAAACUAGACGCAGUCUCAACACAAUUAGGUCGUCUUCAUGAGGAUUUACAAUUCACCAAUGAAAGAGUUUCUACUAUAGAAUCCCUUCUUAAAAUAUAUUCGACUUCUCCAAAACAAGCGGCCAUCAUCAAUGCUCAACCUACGGGCAAAAAUAUGGAAGAAGAAGAAUACAUU